UCUGUGAAACUUUUACUAGACAUUUUAUUAAAAUCCCACCGUAAUAGGGAUACAAAUUCUUGGAAAUGGAGUCCAAGGAUGACGACUACUGGAACGACUCCACCAACAAAUCGUUCAACUUCGAUGAAGAUGAUGUGGCCGUUUUGGAAAUUCCAUCCGGCUCCAGUAACCGACGCAGCUUGUUUGGCGAGGAUACCGCGUCGGAGGUCAACUAUGCCAGCGUUCAGAAUGAACUCCCAUUACACAUGAUAAUCUCUGAGGAAGAUCUGACGUCUAUUAUGGAAGAUCAAUCCAGGAAUGAGAUGCCCGUGCCGAAGGGAAUCAGUCUGGAAGAAGAGGUGAAAUUGCUCCGAAAGAAGCUGCAGGAUUUUAGCUAUGCACCGUCGGCUUUGUCGGUCGUAGCCAGGUUGAUACUGGGGAAACCCUGUUCGUUGGAAAUGUUCCGAUCGCUGCAGGAGAAAGAAGAACUCCUGGACGAGGCUGUGGCCUGUGGGAAUGGGAAUGCGAUGUUGAAAGUUGUUCUCUUUUUGGAGAAUACUUUGAAGAAGAAACUGUUUCAUCGGUUCCUUCAGACCAGACCAGAAGCGGUUAGCCACUACGUAAAUUAUAUGGCACUGAGACUAAAGGUCACCGAGUGUACGGAUCUGUUGACAUACCUUGGAAGGCAUCACGAAGCAAGUUUGUUGCAGUUUUCAAUCUACGUUAGAAGCACAUCCAACAUUGAAUUCAAACGUCAAAGAUUGAAAAAGAUCUACAGUGACUAUUUCUCUCAACCAGGGGCGAACAGCUUCUACGCCCAACUCGUGGCAAACUACAUCAAUUUACUAGAACUCCAAGUAGCGGAACAACACUCGAAUAGUUCAACAUCUGGAUCGAUCUUGGACCAAUCCGUACUGGAAACCCUGUACUACAUCUGCAGUCGAUACAAAUGGGGCGAUACGUCUCUUCAAACGAACGAGAAUCCUUUUAAGUUGGCCGAAGCCCACCACGUGGGACAGUCCCAGUUCGAGUGGAUCGCCCUGAACGAACGGGCAAAGCGGCAGGCAUGGUUGGACUUUGAGCACAUCUUCGAGAAGAAAGCGUGGCUCAAUCUAAAGCAAAAGUCCUUCAACAUUCACAUUCCAAUCGACAAGACGAUACUGAGGUUGUUUGCCCUGCAUGCGCCGGAUCCAGUGUUGAAUAACUUUCUCGUCAAAGUAGAGGAUCCUCAGCGAAGACUAGCCCUGGCAAGAAGAGUAAAUGCGAAGCGAGGGAUAGUGGACGCAUUGGUGGCCUUGAAAGACCGAUCGGAGCUGGACAGUUUUGCUCAGUCACUGGAGAGUGGUACCGAAGAGAAGUACUACGCAGACAAAGCCCUGAAGUCAUUGAACACUAAGUGGAAAAGUGAUGCGAUCAAGCUGAUCAAAUGAAAGCCCUCUUUAUUUAUUAACGUCUAGUUCA